AAAAUUCCCUUAAACGAGGAAAACUGACUGUAAAAAGGAAUAUAAUCAUCGCAGGAUGUUCGUCUUCUGAUAUUAGAGGCACUCCAACACGGAAUAAAAUGUUGCAUUUGAGGCUCUCUAGUUUCGUGUCAUGCUCCCCUUAUAUGAAGCAUACGAUUAAUUAUUUAUGUAUGCAGUGAGUAUAAUAGAAAUACUAAGUUGUCACAUAGCUUUAUUCUUACGUUUUGAGAAUGAAUAAAGCAAGAUCUGGAGAUUGUAUAGAAGGGAAAACAGCCGUGAAUGUUUGACGGUGUUCGUGUUGUAUGUAAGCAGAUGUCAAACUGCUGCCAUCUGCCGAGCUGACGUGGCGUGAGUCGAGACUCGAGAUGUGCAAGUGUAAACAUUCCUGAAAGACUUCCCUAAUUCAUACAAAACACACGAAGAUGCUGUCGUGGAGGACCUUAUUUAUCGUCUGCAACCUCCUGUUCGUCGUCGUAGGGGACGAGCACACCCAUACGUAUAAGGAUUUAGAAGAAGUGGUGCUAUGGAUGAACACUGUUGGACCAUAUCACAAUCGACAGGAGACAUAUUCUUACUACAGCCUCCCAUUUUGCAUGGGCCCAAAGGAAAAAAUCUCACAUUAUCAUGAAACUUUAGGAGAAGCACUUCAAGGUGUUGAACUCGAGUUUUCUGGGUUGGACAUUGAUUAUAAAAGUGAUGUUUCAAAAACCACUUACUGUGAAGUUGAACUGGAUGAGCUCCGUCUUAGAACUUUCGUGUAUGCAGUUAAGAAUCAUUACUGGUAUCAAUGUAUAUUGAGUUAUUUGCCAUAUGGUAUUUUUAAAGAAAAGUAUGCAAGUUUAUAUCACCUAAAAAUUGUAGAUAGGGAAAAGUUUGCUAUUAGGUUUAAUCUUGAUUCUGAUUUUUAUGUACCCUCUGUUGUAUUAUAUUACAAAUAUAAAUGGCAUUGCUUGAGAAUCAUCACACCAUUCCGUUUCACUAGUAAGUAUUCACAUUCUCAAGAUUUCUGGUACAUUGUGCAGUAUUUCUGUUUGAAUAUAUUUUUCUGUUUAUUUGUGAUGAUCGUAUCAUUAUUAGAAAGGUUUUAUCAUAUUUUUGCUUUGGAAUUCACAGGAAUUGUUGGAGAGAUCGAUGAAGCAAACGAUGCCUAUUACAUAUGGACCCACAGGAAGUUUGAUUUAGGCUACAAUGGUAAUCAGAUUGUAGAUGUCAACCUUACUUCUGAAGUGAAACAGAAGCUUGAGUUGGGAGCAAAACUAAAGUUUACGUAUGAAGUUAACUGGAAAAAGUCUGCCAUCAAAUUUGAAGACCGAUUUGAUAAAUAUUUGGAUCCCAAUUUCUUCCAACACAGAAUUCACUGGUUUAGUAUCUUCAAUUCCUUUAUGAUGGUGAUCUUCCUUGUUGGCCUUGUGUCCAUGAUUUUGAUGCGAACCUUACGCAAAGAUUAUGCUCGAUAUUCAAAGGAUGAAGAGAUGGAUGACAUGGAACGUGACCUAGGAGAUGAAUAUGGGUGGAAGCAAGUACAUGGUGUUUUCCGCCCUCCAUCAACAUCCAAUGCUCUUUUUUCGGCAUUAGUAGGCUCAGGCUACCAAAUGUUAACAGUUUCAUUUCUAGUUAUUCUGCUGGCCAUUGUUGGAGAACUUUACACAGAGCGUGGUUCAAUGGUAAGCAUUGCUAUCUUCAUUUAUGCUGCAACGUCUCCUGUUAAUGGCUAUUUUGGAGGAUCUCUGUAUGCACGGAUGGGAGGUAAAGUUUGGAUUCGUCAAAUGAUGCUGUCUGCUCUUUUCCUUCCAACACUUGUGUGUGGUACAGCCUUUUGUAUAAACUUCAUUGCUAUACUAUACCAUGCCUCUAGGGCAAUUGCAUUCACAAUUAUGCUUGCAGUUUUAUGCAUCUGUACAUUUGUAAUACUUCCACUCACACUGGUUGGUACUGUCUUGGGCAGAAAUUUAGCAGGACAGCCCAAUUACCCUUGCCGUAUAAAUGCUGUGCCCCGUCCCAUUCCUGAGAAAAAUGGUUUUAUGGAGCCAUUAGUCAUAAUACCACUGGGUGGAAUACUUCCAUUUGGAUCUAUUUUCAUAGAAAUGUACUUCAUUUUCACAUCAUUUUGGGCUUACAAGAUAUAUUAUGUAUAUGGUUUUAUGUUGUUGGUGUUCGUGAUUCUCUUGAUCGUUGUCGUAUGCGUGACUAUUGUGUGUGCAUACUUCCUCCUGAAUGCUGAAGACUAUAGAUGGCAGUGGACAAGCUUUCUUGCUGCCGCCUCAACCUCUGGAUAUGUUUACUUUUAUGCAACGUAUUACUUCUUCUUCAAGACUAAGAUGUAUGGGUUUUUCCAGACUACUUUCUACUUUGGUUACAUGGCCCUCUUCAGUAUUACAUUAGGUAUCAUGUGUGGCACUAUUGGUUACUUUGGCACCAGCAAAUUUGUACGCAAAAUAUAUUCUACUGUGAAGAUUGAUUAAAGUUAUAUAGAUGUUUGUAAAAUUGGACAGUAUGCGGAGAUAUUCUUUAGAACGGUUAUACUGCAUGAGAGCUGUAUAACUUAUAUAAUGAAUGGAAAAUAUUGGCGUUCCACAAACUUUGUGUGAUACAAUAGUGAAUAUGAAAUCCAGUUAAUUAUUGCACUGAAAAUUUUCAUUGGAACGGUGAAUUGUAAUACUACCAGGAUUUUAUAUAGAAAGAUUAUUUUAGCACUGUGGCCCAUUACACAGAGCAUUACUUAAAAGAAGUGUAAAUUAUGACAAGUCCAGUGUGUGACAUUUCUAUUGUUCACUGGAAAUUGGUGGAACCUGUGAUAUUAGCACAGGUGUACAUUCCUGAAGUGGAUGUUUUCAAGUGAAUUUAUUGCCAUUGUCUGAUCCAUAGACUACAUAAUACUAAUGCCAAAUAAGUAUUUACUAUUAUCAUUUAAUAGAUGAUGUACUUUAUUGUACUUGGCUUCUGCUCUAUAAAAGUGAAUUUGAUUAUUUCAUUUGUCUUGUAUAUGAAUAUACACUUUUGUAUAUUCUUUCUCAUGAUUAACAUUUAAAAACAUUUAUACUUGUGAUAGUCCAUCAAAAUGCAGUUGUUCAGAAUUGGCAAACAUACAAGGACUGAAGAGCUAGGUUCUGAUGCUACAGGUGUACUGUUAUGCAAUGUUUUUCAGUUAAUGUAUCAAUAAUAUUUGAUAAAGUUAGUGUGAUUAAAUUUUAUAAUAGAGGUCAGUUGGUAUGCAGUGUAAUGAAUGCUGUGGUUGGGAGAUGGUACACUAGUGUGGCAUUGUAUUUUCUAAGAAUCCUCUCUUUUUAAUUGAAUUUUGUAUGAUAUCUUGCAAUUUGUUAAAAUGCCAGGAGCAACUUUUUUUUCAGUUUCUGGGUGUGAAAGUCAUAAUAAAUUGGUCUGCACAGGUUUAAGAGGUGAAUCUUAGAAGCCUUAAUUGUUUUUGUUAUAGUUGUUACAAGAAAUUGAUUUCACAUUUUAUCAGUGUGCUGUGGGUGAUCAUUACUUUUCAAAGAUAUAUUUAUUUAUUUUUAUUUGUUAGCACAAAUACUAGCUGCAUUCCUGUGACCAAACCAUUUUCUAUGUGUACUUGUAAAUACAGAAAAUGAUUAUUUACCCAUUUUGUUACAUGACUCUUGAUUGUUUGGUGAUGUAACUUUUGUGCCACCAAGUUCAUGACUGUGUGGCAAAUGCAGUGGUAAUAAGUGAAAGUGCCUGCCAUAAUGGAGCACGAGCUAUUUAUUUCCUUUAGAUUACUUGCUAAACAGAUUUUUAAAAAAUAUUUAAAGGUUUUACCUGUAA